AUGGCUUCCGUGAUCUUCACCAUCCCGAUCGCUGUCAACUUCCUUGCAUCAAGUCUAAUAGUCACCACCAUCCAGAUCGCGCUCUCCAUUUUCGUGUUCCCCAUCAGCCCUCGCACGUACCGCGUCAUGAAUUGGUACCUCAUGGGAUCCUUCUGGGCCAUGCUCAUCUGGCUCAUCGAGUGGUGGGGCCGCGUCGAGGUCCGGCUGUACGGCGAUCCCAAGGAUCACGCAUACUUCGGCAAGGAGAGCGCCUUGUGUGUGAGCAACCACCGCAGCGACGUUGACUGGGCCAUAGGCUGGGUUUUCUCCCAGAGGUGCGGCUGCCUCGGAGGCACGCGAGCGCUGAUCAAGGAGGAGGCCAAGUGGAUGCCUGUGAUUGGCUGGUCCAUGUGGUUCUCUGAGUACCUCUUCAUCGCCCGUAACUACGCCACCGACCAGCGGAGAAUACUCGACGGCUAUGCGCGGCUGCGCAGCUUCCCGCGGUUCUUCUGGGUGGCACUGUUCAUGGAGGGCACUCGCUUCACGCCCGAGAAGCUCAAGGCGGCGCAGGAAUAUGCCAAGGAGGCCGGGCUGCCCAUCCCCCGCCACGUGCUCGUGCCCCGCACCAAGGGCCUGGUCAUGUCAGUGGAGCAGAUGCGGGGCCAUGCAGGGGCUAUCUAUGACUUCACUGUGAACUACCCCGUCGGGACGAACCCCCCAACGUUCGCUAACAUUUUCAAGCGCAAGGCCUCGCAGAUUGACGUGUACUAUGAGCGGGUCCCCAUGGACCAAAUCCCUGAGGAUGCAGAGGGCAUCUCCAAGUGGUGCCAAGAAUCGUUCGUGAAAAAGGACAAGAAUCUGGAUUAUUAUGUUGAACACAACGGCUUCGAUGAGAAGCAGAGGCUCAACGCUACCAAGUCUCCAAAAUCCAUUCUGCACACGUGCUUCUGGACGGUUUUGAACUUCGCGGUAUAUGGCUGGAUCUUCACCCGGAACUUAUCGUCGAUUACCUUCACAUGGGCAACUUUGGGAUGGAUAGCUGUUGGCGUGGCUGCCGUACUCGGUGUAAUGCAGGUGCUUAUCAGGUUCACUCAAUCAGAGCACUCCACACCAGCAUCUCGCCUUAAUCGUGCACCGCCCGCGCAGGGCGACAACGCGCUGAUGGGGCUGGACAUGCCGGCGGCGCCGUUCGAGCUGCGCACGUUCAAGUUCAAGGAGCUGCACAAGGCGACGCAGGGCUUUAAGGAGCCCGACAACGUGCUGGGCGAGGGCGGGUUCGGCAAGGUGUACAAGGGGUUUCUUAAAGACUGGGAGGGCAGCAAGGACGCUUUCCCCAUUGCUGUGAAGAAGCUCAACCCGAACAGCUUCCAGGGCCAGCAGGAGUGGCUGGCGGAAAUUCUGCUUCUGGGUCGCGUGCGCCAUCAGAACCUGGUGAAGCUUCUCGGGUACUGUGCGGAGAACGGGGAGGGUAUGCUGGUGUAUGAGUUCCUGGGCAAGGGCAGUCUGGACUACCACCUCUUCCCGGAGCCCAAGGAGGACGACCCCACGCCCCCCACUCCGCUCCCAUGGGAGGUGCGGCUGCGCAUUGCCCUCGAUGCUGCUGCUGGCCUGGCGUACCUGCAUGAGAACAACGUCAUUCACCGCGACUUCAAGGCGCCCAACAUCCUGCUCGAUGAUGACUGGUCUGCAAAGCUGACGGAUUUCGGGCUGGCAAAGGGAGCGGACACGGACCAAACCCACGUGACGACGCGCAUCAUGGGCACCAUGGGGUACCUCGACCCCAAGUACAUGGAAACCGGCCAGCUCACGCGCAAAUCCGACGUCUACGCCUUCGGAGUCAUGCUCCUCGAGCUCCUCACAGGGAAGCGCGCCAUGGAUCAGACGCAGCAGGGCAUGCCGCCGCUCACGGCGUGGGCGCAGCAGUAUUUGAACCAGCGCAAGCCUGAUAUUGGAGCUCUCGUCGACCCGUGUUUGUUGGACCAGUUUACGACGAAGGCGGCGCAGCGGGCGGCGCAUAAGCUGGCGAUCUCGGCGAAGCAUUGCAUUGAGGAGGAUCCGAACCUGCGGCCGCUGAUGAGUGACAUGGUGGAGACUCUCCGUCCCCUGGUUGCUGCGGCACAGGAGCAAUCGGCUGCUGCUGCCGCCAGCGCUGGGGGUGGCGGCGAGUAG